GCUGUCCCCGGGACCGGUUUGGUAAGGGCUGUGAACUCAAGUGUGCCUGCAGGAACGGGGGCCUGUGCCACGCUGCUAAUGGUAGCUGUUCCUGCCCCCUGGGCUGGAUGGGGCCACACUGUGAGCAGGCCUGCCCUGCUGGGCGCUAUGGUGCUGCCUGCCACCUGGAGUGUUCCUGUCAGAACAACAGCACCUGUGAGCCCACCUCGGGUGCUUGCCACUGUGGCCCUGGCUUCUAUGGUCAGGCCUGCGAGCACUCCUGUCCCCCUGGCUUCCACGGAACUGGUUGCCAGGGAGCCUGUGAGUGUCAACAGGGAGCCCCCUGUGACCCUGUCAGUGGCCGCUGCCGUUGCCCCGCUGGUUUCCAUGGACAGUUCUGUGAGAGGGGGUGCGAGCCAGGCUUCUUUGGAGAGGGCUGUCAACAGUUGUGUGGCUGCGACAAGGGAGUGCCCUGUGACCCUGUCAGUGGCCUCUGCCUGUGCCCACCAGGGCACACAGGAGCCACAUGUGACCUGGAUUGCAGACGGGGCCGUUUCGGGCCUGGCUGUGCCUUGCACUGUGACUGCGGGGGCGGAGCUGACUGCGACCCUAUCAGUGGGCAGUGCCACUGUGUGGAUAGUUACACAGGGCCCACAUGCCGAGAAGGUGAGUCAGGCUCCCAGGGGAGGAAUUGGAACACUGUCCUGCCUAUGGCCAAAGACCCACCCAUUGUCCCAAUAUCUUCCUGUGGGUGGAGCCAGGCCAGGCAGCCACAGAGUCCACACAGCUCCCAGUGGUGAGGGGCAGUCUUCAAC